GAGGGAAUGAUUUCUAAGCAAGGGUUAGUCUGCAGAAGAGAGAAGCUGAAGUUGGAGUAGGGGCGCAGACCAACAGGGACAGAGACCCCCUCUGGAGGCGGAAAAAGGCAGGACCACUUCCGGCCAGGGAGGGGGCAGAUAGGCUCAGACCUACGGAGAGGCUUGGAGAGAACGGACGCCUUCUGGACUCAGGAGAACGAGGCUCAGCUGUUACUGCGCAUUCCAGAAAGAUGGAUAGGAGAAAUGACUAUGGUUACAGGAUGCCCACGUUCCAGGGCCCUCUGCCUCCCCCUGGGAGCCUGGGGCUUCCCUUUCCUCCAGAUGUACAGACGGAGACCACAGAAGAGGACAGUGUCUUGCUGAUGCAUACCUUGUUGGCGGCAACCAAGGACCCCCUGGCUAUGGACCCACCAGUUGCCAACCGGCCAAAGAAAAGCAAGACCAAGAAGACUCCUGUUAAAGUUGUUACUAAGGUCACACCUGAUGCCCCUCCAGUCCCAUCUGCCAAUGAGAUUGCUACCCACAAACCCAAAAUAACUUUGCAGGCUUUAAACCUGCCAAUCAUCACCCAGAUCAGCCAGGCUUCUGUUACCACUGAGGCAGCCGCUAUUCAGGCUCCUUUAGUCACUGCUCAGCCCAAAAAAGCCAAUAAGACAAAGAGAGUUACUGCCAAGGUGGCCCAGAGUUCUCAAUUCUCAGUUGGCAGUGAGGGUGUCCCUACACAACUCAAGUCACACUUGCAGGCCCUAAACCUACCAGUUAUCUCACAUCCUACCCAGGCUCCAGGAGACAACGAGGCAGCCAGGGGAGCCAGUGAGGCAGCCAGUUCCCUGACCUUGAUAACAUCCACCAAGCCUAAGAAAGCUUUUAAGGCUAAGAAGGCUGCCGGUAAGGCCAUGGCUAGUGCCAAUGAGAUCUCACAGGCUCUAACUGCCACCCACUCUGCCGCAAUCCAAGGCCAAAUUUCCAGUGAGACAACCAAUACUCAGGCCACAGUAGCUUCCAUCCGAGCCAAGAAAUCCUCCAAAGCCAAGAAGACAACUUGUAAGGCCACAAAUACUGAAGCUGAGCCUGUGGAGGCUCUGCUUAUCACCGAGGCAGCUACUAGGCAGAUUGAGAGCUCAGCAGCAGCUAUCCGGCCCAAAAAACCCAAAAGCAAGAAGGCUGCCACUAAGGGCUUCAGUUCCACCUGUGAGAUCUCUGAGGCCUUGCCUACCACUCAUGUGGUCACAAACCAAGCCUUAGCAGCCACCCUUCGAGUCAAGAGAGGGUCUAGGACUCGGAAGGCUGCUGCUAAGGGUCGGCCACUUGAAAGCCAGACUCCAAUUGCUGCCCAAGGGACCCAUGCCAAGAUGGCCACCUCUCAGACCAGCAUGAGUGCUCUUGAGACUCAGGUUGCUGCUGCUGUCCAGGCCCUGGCAGAUGACUAUCUGGCUCACUUGAGUCUGGAGCCGGCAAACAGGACCCGAAGCAAGAGGAACCGAAAGUUCAAACAUCCAAGUGGGGAUGAGAGAAGUGGGAGUAAUUUCAGGCGGAUUCCAUGGGGCCGGAGGCCCUCGCCCCCCCGAGAUGUGGCCAUCUUGCAAGAGAGGGCAAAUAAGUUGGUGAAAUACCUGUUGGUUAAGGACCAGACGAAGAUCCCCAUAAAACGUUCAGACAUGCUGAAGGAUGUCAUCCAAGAAUACAAUGAAUAUUUCCCAGAGAUCAUUGAACGGGCAAGCUACGCUCUGGAGAAGAUGUUUCGCAUCAAUUUGAAGGAAAUUGAUAAGCAAAGUAGCUUGUAUAUUCUUAUCAGCACUCAGGAAUCAUCUGCAGGCAUAUUGGGAACGACCAAGGAUACACCCAAGCUGGGUCUUCUUAUGGUGAUUCUGAGUGUCAUUUUUAUGAAUGGCAACAAGGCCAGUGAGGCUGUCAUCUGGGAGGUGCUGCGCAAGUUGGGGCUGCGCCCUGGGGUGAGACAUUCGCUUUUCGGGGAAGUGAGGAAGCUCAUCACGGAUGAAUUUGUGAAGCAGAAGUACCUGGAGUACAAAAGAGUCCCCAACAGCAGACCACCCGAGUAUGAGUUCUUCUGGGGUUUGCGCUCCUACCAUGAGACUAGCAAGAUGAAAGUCCUCAAGUUUGCGUGUAAGGUACAGAAGAAAGAUCCCAAGGACUGGGCUGCUCAGUAUCGGGAGGCGGUAGAGAUGGAAGUCCAAGCUGCAGCUGUGGCUGUGGCUGAGGCUGAGGCCAGGGCAGAGGCAAGAGCGCAAAUGGGGAUUGGAGAGGAAGCUGUGGCAGGGCCCUGGAAUUGGGAUGACAUGGAUAUCGACUGCCUAACCAGGGAAGAGUUAGGCGAUGAUGCUCAGGCCUGGAGCAGAUUCUCGUUUGAAAUCGAAGCCAGAUCCCAAGAAAAUGCAGAUGCCGACACCAACAUCGACUUCAGCAGGGGAGCUAGCACCAGGGUUAGUUUCAGCGAUGGUGCUGGUGUUAGCUUCAAUGAUGUACCCAGUCCCAGUGGUGGUUUCAGUGGCGGAUCUGGCAUUACCUUUGGUGGUGCCCCCAGCACCAGUGCCAGCUUCAGCAAUGCAGCCAGCAUUAGCUUUGGCAGUGCACCCAGCACUAGUAAUACUUUUACGGGUGGAGCCAACAUUACCUUUGGUGGUGCUCCCAACACCAGUGCCAGCUUCAGCAGUGCAGCCAGCAUUAGCUUUGGAAGUGUACCCAACACUAUCACUAGUUUCAGUGGUGGAGCCAGCAUUAGCUUUGGUGGCGCACCCAGCACUAGUACUAGUUUUAGCAGCACAGCCAGCAUUAGCUUUGGUGGGGCACCCAGCACUAUCACUAGUUUCAGUGGUGGAGCCAGCAUUACUUUUGGUGGUGCACCUUGUACUAGUGCCAGCUUCAGUAGUGGAGCCAACUCUGGCUUUGGAAGCACAGUCAGUACCACUGUUGGCUUCGGUGGUGCACUUACCACCAGCACCACCUUCAGCAGCGCACCCGCCAUGAGCACGGUCUUUAAUGAGGCUCCUAGCAGCAGCACUGGCUUUGGAGGUACGCUCAGCACCAGUGUCUGCUUCGGUGGUUCUCCCAGUUCUGCUGCCAGCUUUGGUGGCACACUCAGUACUAGUAUCUGCUUCGGUGGCUCUCCUAGUGCUAGCACUGGCUUUGGUGGUACACUCAGCACCAGUGUCUCCUUCAGUGGCUGUUCCAGUACGAGUGCUGACUUUGGUGGUACACUCAGCACCAGUGUCUGCUUUGGUGGCUCUCCUGGCACCAGUGUGAGCUUUGGUGGUGCACUUAGCAGUGCCGGCUUUGGCGGUGCACUCAACAGCAGUGCCAGCUUUGAUGGUGCACUCAACACGAGUGCCGGUUUUGGUGGUACCAUCAGCACCAACGCAGGCUUUGGCAAUGCACUCAACCCAAAUACCGGUUUUGGUGGUAUACUCAACAGCACUACUGGCCUUGAUGGCGCACUCAACAUAAAUGCUGGUUUUGGUGGUGCACUCAGCACGAGUGCUGGUUUUGGUGGUGCUGUCAGCACCAGUGCCGGCUUUGGUGGCACGCUCAACACCAGUGCUGGCUUUGGCAGUGCACUCGACAACAAUACUGGUUUUGUGGGUUCUGUGAGCACCAGUGCCGGCUUUGGUGGUGCACUCAACACAAGUCCUGGUUUUGAUGCUGCCAUCAGUACCAGUGCCAGCUUUGGUGGUGCACUCAAUUCCAGUGCAGGUUUUGGCAGUGCCUUCAGCACCAGUGUUAGCUUCAGUGGCACACCGAGCACCAACCCUGGCUUCGGCGGUGCAUUCAGCACCAGUGCUGGCUUUAGUGGGGCACUUGGUACCACUACUGACUUUGGUGGUGCUCCCAGCACCAGUGUCAGCUUUGGUGGUGCUCCCAGCACCAGCCUCUGUUUUGGUGGCGCUCCCAGCACCAGCCUCUGCUUUGGCAGUGCAUCUAACACCAAUCUAUGCUUUGGUGGCCCUCCUAGCACCAGUGCCUGCUUUAGUGGUGUUACCAGUGCCAGUUUUAAUGAUGGACCCAGCACCAGUGCUGGUUUCAGCUUUGGCAGUGGGCUAAGCACCGGUGCUGGAUUUGGUGGACUGAACACCAGUUCUGGCUUUGGUGGCAGCCUGGGCACCAGUACUGCCUUUAGUGGUGGCUUAGGCACCAGUACUGCCUUCGAUGGCAGCCUAGGCACCAGUGCUGGCUUCAGUGGUGGACUAAGCACCAGUGCUGGCUUCAGUGGCGGACUAAGCACCAGCACUGGCUUCGGUGGCGGACUAGGCACCAGCACUGGCUUUGGUGGCGGACUGGUCACCAGCGAUGGCUUUGGUGGUGGACUAGGCACCAAUGUUGGUUUUGGCAGCACACUUGGCACCAGUGCUGGCUUUAGUGGUGGCCUCAGCACCAGCGAUGGCUUUGGCGGUGGGCCUAAUGCCAGCUUCGACAGAGGACUGAGUACCAUCAUUGGCUUUGGCAGUGGUUCCAACACCAGCACUGGCUUUACUGGCGAGCCCAGCACGAGCACCAGCUUCAAUAGUGGACCCAGUUCUAUUGUUGGCUUCAGCGGUGGACCAGACACUGGUGCUGGCUUCUGCAGCGGACAAGGCACCAGUGGUUUUGCCGGUGGACCAAGCACCAGAGCUGGCUUCAGCGGACUGAACACUGGAGCUUGUUUUGGCAGUGGACCAAAUAGUGUUGGCUUCGGCGGUGGACCAAGCCCUGGUGCUGGAUUCGGCGGUGGACCAAGCACCAGCGCUGGCUUUGGUGGUGGAGCCACCAGCCUUGGUGCCUGUGGCUUCUCCUAUGGCUAGUGAGGUUUCAGGUUUAUUCCCCAUGUUUUCAGAAACCGCUAAUGAACUAUAGCAGAACUUCCCAAGGAGCUAAGUAACAGCUUUGAAAUUUUUGUCCACACAGCAAUCUAAACAGCUGCUACCAAUCGGCCGAGGGUGACACGCUAUGAAAAAUCUGUUUGCUGUUCCUGCUUUACUGUUCGCUUUCUGUGUGCUGUCAUAUUUUGGUAUCCGAGUGACAUUAAAUUUGCAAA